CAAUAAACUCAGACUGCGUCCAAAUGAGCGAGAAAUUUGUUAGAUCUUCAUCCGUGGCAUCUUCUCUGGCCCAGGAUAAGCUAAACGCACUAGGAGCCAAACUCACAGCGUUCCUGAUUGAUCCAAACAACAUCAUUAAAGGGGAUUCUUUAGCGAAUAAAUUUAUUAAGGAAAUUAAAGAAUUUGUCAAUGCUUCCAACGCAGAACUAGAUAGGCGUCAGAUUGCCCAAGGGAUGGCAGUUGGUUCUCAAAACAUCCAACAAUGAAGAUUCUUCAGCUAAAUAUUCAAAGUCUGUCACACAACAACAACAAACAGCUCCUUUCAAUGUUCCUAGACAAGAACGCAAUAGAUAUUGCCAUCCUCUCAGAGAUUUGGGUGUUGAACAACGCGGACUGCAGCAUUUUAGACUAUAACUUUUUCUGCAGGCCCAGAGAGGACGACUACGGCGGGGUUGGCAUCUACGUCAGGAAAAACAUUCAAUUCAGCAUUUUAAAAAUAGAGAACGACUUGGAAAUUUUAGGAAUAAAAACAUUAAACCUCAAGAGCAAUUUCAAUAUUUUUAGCAUAUAUGCACCGCCAUCAACAACAGUUUCACAGUUUAAAUCGGGCACAAAAAAGUUUUUCGAAUUCGCGGCUUCGCUUGACAUACCCUCAAUAGUGGGCGGGGACUUCAACGCUAGGUCUUCUAUCUGGGGAAGUCCGAUCUGUGAUCGCAAGGGUCGCAGCAUUGAGAAUUCCACCCGGGAGGCCGGAUUUAUCUGCCUAAACGACGAAAUGGAACUAUUAACUGGCAAGUCCUCAAAACAAAAAUUACGAACAGCAACCACUUCCCAAUUUUAUUAUCAGUGCAAGGCCUAAAUGCCCCCCUCCAAGGCAAGAAGAUCCUUCACAACAGAAUAGCCCGGAUUCUGGGUGCAAGUGAUUUCUCAAAUCUGGAGGAGCUCAAUGAAAAAGUGAAAUCCCUGACCUUAAAAAACACGGUCACAUUCCCAAGCAAGAACAAGUACGUUGCUAAAAAAUGGUGGAA